UGGAGUGAGGUGGAGUUGAACUGUAGACCUCCAGCACAAUCGCUGCCAGUCCUGAACUCACUACUAAGAACAAAUGGUACUGGUAAAGGUUCUUCAGAACCGGACAUGCUGAUGUGCACUCUGGACAGCCUAUUACCUGCCUCCUCCUAUUCCGCCUUCAUCACGAUUGCAACGUUAAGCAAGCACGAGGGAGCUCGAAGCCGGCGUUUCCAUUUUACCACUAAGCCAGCCACUCCGUCACCGCCCACGGCCCUCCGAGCCGUGUCUGCCGGCCCUGCAAGCAUUCAACUCUCUUGGCAUCCACCACAGAGACCUAAUGGCAAGGUAGUCGAAUAUCACAUCAACCACUGGCGCAUGAGUCUGGAGAAGAGCGACUUUCUCACUCGUGAUGCUUGCUACGGCAGUUCCCUUCAACCGCUUAAUGGAAUGAGCUCGCAUCCCGGUGAACCAGUCUGGUCCGAAUCCCAACAUCUGGCUGAGCAGUGUGACAGUGAAUUCUGUUGUGCCGACGAGACCGGCGAGUGUCCAGACCCUGCCGGCCUGGAGUCCCACUCGCGGUCAUCAAGUCGUUCAGCUCUGAUUGAGGAGGAGCAACAACGUCGUGAGAUGAUUCGUUUUGAAGAUGAACUGCACAAAAUCAUCCUCAUUCCAAGAGAAAUCAACGUAACCACCUUUGCCCUUUCAACAAUGAUUACUCAAUGUUCCGCUACUGUCUUUGCCCUCAUUACUGGCACCAUCGCUGUCAUCAACAUCACUAAAGCUGCCCAUAUGGAACUAUGA